CCGACUGUGCGACUUUCUUCUCUGCUCGAAGAAAGCCUAGCAAAAAAAUUCACUUUACCAGCCGGCAGCCGACUCUGACUGAUUUAGAUCUACACCCUCACUCCGUUCGUCGCCGACGCCGUUGCUCGCCGCAUCUGUGAGACUCCAUCGCCAUCGCCAUCGCCAUCGCCAUCGCCAUCGCCUUAACAAGUCCCAAGUCCCAAGUCCCAAAUCGAAGCUGCUCUCUGCCUCUCCGGCCUCCGCCAGUCCGCCGCGCUGUACGUCUCCUGUCGGCUGUGUCCUGCCGUGCUGGUUCAUCGCUGCCGAGUGUCGAAGACGAAGCACCAAGAUCUCACUGGUUCAUCGCUGGUUCAUCACUGCUCAUCUCUGGAGCACUUAGGCUGUAGGGUUUAUCGCAUUUGGGGAGAAUCGUCCCUUCAAUCAAAAUCAUGGAGGAGUGGGAUCAGACGACGAAAUCAACGCUAACCCAGAUCCCAUUACUGACCACAAAAGCGGGUCCACGCGACGGGGCGGCGUGGACGCAGCGGCUGAAGGAGGAGUACAAGGCGUUGAUAGCUUAUACCUCGAUGAAUAAGUCCAAUGAUAACGAUUGGUUUCGGAUCUCCGCUGCCAACCCGGAAGGGACCCGGUGGACCGGCAAGUGUUGGUACGUUCACAACCUCCUCAAGUAUGAAUUCGACCUCCAGUUCGAUAUCCCGGUAACUUAUCCAGCUACAGCUCCCGAACUUGAGCUGCCUCAAUUGGAUGGCAAAACUCACAAGAUGUAUAGAGGUGGGAAGAUUUGCUUGACAGUGCAUUUCAAACCGCUAUGGGCAAAGAAUUGUCCUAGGUUCGGAAUAGCUCAUGCACUGUGUUUGGGCCUUGCACCAUGGCUUGCAGCAGAGAUUCCUAUACUUGUGGAUUCCAGCAUGAUUAAACACAAAGAUGAUGCAGCCUCUUCCAGUGAGGUUUAAUUACUUAAAAUUGUAUCCUAGAUGAGAUAGACUCGCUAUACAAGUUUUGGAGCUCUCAGCUUGGCCUAAUAAAAUAAAUGCCAAGCUGUAUUGAGAUUGUUGAUGAGGAGUCCUUGGAGAUGUACAAGUCAAUCAUAUAUGCUAACAGACUGGUUUCAGAGGCUUCA